AUGCGCCGUGGCUUGGCCCCCUUGUGUUCCCGCAUCGCCUUGUACCUGCUCAGCCUGCUCAUCAGGAAGCAGCCACGCUGUCAUCUGCCUGCCCUGGCGUUCUUGGUGGAGCUCCUGGAGUGUCUGGACUUGAGCAAACACGGUCACAGUGCCCUGUCGGUCGUAUCCAGGCACCUGCCCAGCGAGUGCAGGGACAGGCUGCGCCUGGAGCUCAGAGGCCUCGUGGUGCUCAGCAAGGAGCCCUUGCUGAGUGGAGGAAUACGUGGCCUGUAUCAACACCUGCUGGAGCAGCUGGCUGAUCCUGAUGCAGAGAUGGUCAGGAUGAUCCUCUCCGUGCUUACAUAUAUGCUCCAGGAGAAAGACCUCAAGAUACCCGGCAUCACCGCCCUGAAGCUGGCUGAACCACUCCUGCCACACUUUGAGAAUGAGAGCAGCCAUGUGCAGCUGCUCUCCAUUCAGCUCUUCAGCAAGGUGAUGGAGCUGGUAGUGGAAGAGGGCAAAAAGCCUUUGACAAGAAUUGUGAGCCGCAGCCUGCUCCCUCUCUUCUUCUGCUGGCACAAUGAGAACCGGCGUGUGGCCAAGGCCUCUUUGGAAACACUGCUUUGUGCGGCCCGGUUCCUGAGGAGGAGGGACAUGGAGGAGCUGCUGAGGAAGGAGCAGCGGAUGAAGUUUGCCGAGCACCUGGUAAGGAGAGCCUGGAAGCGCCAGCCGCGGGCUGGAGAAGCCCCCUGGCCCCGGUGCUCAGUUGGGAGCCGCGCCCGGGCCGCUGCAGCCCCGCCCGCCCUCGGCGCUGCCGCCGCCCUCCCGCAGCCGUGCCCUCCCUCGGGCGGCAGCGUGCGGCAGGGCCCGGGCUGA